AUGACACGGAAAGUCGAACUGAAGAAGUCAAGAAGUCAUACCAGAGACUCUCAAGAGUCCUCGGACCCUGAGGUCAACAGGUUUGACGAGGAAAUGGCGGACGCAGAUUUUGACACUGAUGACCGGGAGGAGGAAGACGCUGUCCUGUCCAGGCUCGCGGGGAAUUACAGGCGAUUUUCAGAGUCUCGGAACAGAAUACGCCAGGAGGAGUCUGGCGAAGAGGACUACUCGCAUGACCACUACGGUUAUGACGAGGAGUCGGAGGCCCACGAGGACGAUGAGGACCUGAUGCGCUCUCUCCAUGGUGUGUUGGGUGCUAACAGAAGCAGAACCGGUGCGCCUUUGCAACUCUCUUUGGCCAAUGCCUUAGGCAGCUCUUCUCGUCCGGACGAGUCGCGCGGCAACACAAGGGGCGAUAGCGAGGAGAAUGACGGAACUCAGCAAUACGCAGAGUUUGGCAUGUUUAGAAGCGCGUUGGGGAGAAUGUUCCCGGGAGCAGGGUUCGGCGAAAUGUUUGGAGGCGUCACCCGUAUUUCUGAGCUGGCAAAUGCUUUAAAAGAACAUGAGGAUCCAUACAUGGUGCUGGAGACACUCAACGAGUUAUCUGAGCGGCUGCUUAUGAUUAACGGAAUUUUAGCGGAACGCAACCUUCCUACUUACAGACUGGCACAAGCUAUUGUCUCGGUGAUUGAAAAUCCUCUGUACCAAGAAGAUCUUGAAGUGCAACUUGUCUCCUGUCGGUGCUUAUACAAUUUACUCGAGGUGAAUGUCGACGCGGUCCAUGACGCUGUCGCCGCAGGAGCAAUCGAAGCGCUACAGUCCAAGCUUCUGGAAAUCAGCUACAUUGAUCUGGCAGAGCAGGCUCUCCAGACUCUUGAAAUGAUUUCGCGCGACUGUGGCAGAGACAUAUUGAUGAAAAAUUGUCUUCCAGCAUGUCUCAUGUACUUGGACUUUUUCACUAUACAUGCCCAACGAAAGGCCCUUUCCAUCGCAGCAAACUCGUUGAAAUAUGUGCCAAAAUCCAAGUUUGAUGAUGUGCGUGAAGUUUUCCCCAUCAUCGAGCGUGUUGCCAUCGAAUACUCGGACUCUACAAGCGUGGAAAGCGCGUGGCUAGCCAUAUCGAGAGUCGUGAAAAGUUUUGAGAAGGAACCAUCUCUGUUGGAAUCUUUAAUUAGCGAAAACUUGCUCAGGAAACUACUUGCUCUUCUUCCAAGCUGUCUAGGUAAAGGUUCACAUUCCAACAACCUGAUCAGUUUCAAUUCCUGCUUGAAACUCAUUCAAUCGCUUUCCAUCAUUGCCGAUUCUUCUCCGAAAUUGUCACUAUCGCUGUUGGAGGACGGGGAAUUGGGGCGAAUCAUUUUGGUCUCGUUGGCCGGAUUUGAUCGAAACACAAACGACACGGCCCCAGAAUCUACUAUCCCUCAAGUUUCCGUCGAGGCUUUGAUGGGCACUCCAAAAGAGCUGAUUUUGGCUAUGAUCAACCUUAUUGCACCAAUUCUUCCAUUUGGUGAACCAGAUGGUAACGCACAAGGCAAGAUGGACGUCGGGAAUUUUCGCGGGACCAAUCACUCUCAAGACCGGAUAGAAAUGAACAAGACAAGGUUGUCACUUUAUAAAGAUGCUGCUAAUAUUGGCAAGUUUGAGACAUUUGUUAGCGAGAUGCUUCCAUUGAUGAUCAACAUCUACACAUCGACUGUGGAUUAUAAAGUUAGACGGCUGAUAUUACUUUGCAUGCUUCGCGUGGUGUAUGCGUCCACGAAGUCCCAGCUGGCGAAUCUUAUUCAAAGUUGCAAUGCCACAUCAUUAUUAGCAUCAAUUGUUAUUCAUGGUAUCCACGUAUUAAGGAAAAGUGGCCAAUCGCGUUCAACGACGUUCGAGAUGAGACCAUAUGUGUUGAUCUACGGAGCAUUGACAGUUACAGACAUUCUUCUGCUCAAAGUGCCAGAGGUGUUUGUAGCAGAAUUUGAACGUGAAGGGCUUAUAACGCACACUCAACAGUUCAUGAAAGAUCUUGAACAGGAUGAAAGAGUGAUCAAAGCACAGGAAAGACAAGAGGAUCUUAUGGAUGAAGACAAAAGCGAGGACGAGAGACCGAAAAUUAGCUCCGAUGAAAGGACCCAGGAAGAAGACAUGCACCAUGAUGACGAGAAUAGCGAGGAUGAAUCAAACGAAGAUGACGACGAACCCGCAGACUCCCAAAGUGACGACGAAGAACAACUGUCAUCAUGUUUGUCAACACGUUUUGUUCGUGAUUACACUCUAGAUAGCGACGGAACGUCCUCGAUCACAAUGGAGUCUUUACUACUAGAAUUGGCCAGAUUGUGCAAGAAUUUUGAGAGAGAUUAUAAGGCUCUCAAGCAGACAACGCCGUCUCUCAGUUCUUCACAAACCGUUAUGCUGGCCCAGAUGAAAUCUAUCUUCGACAACAACCGUAACUUGAAUUAUCAGGAAUGGGCAGAAAUUUGGCGCAGGUUUGCAGAAACCUGUGGAUUUCUGAACAGCGAACGCCAAGUUUCGAGUUUCGAGCUGAUAGCUUCUGGCUUGAUUGCGUCUCUUGCUGAUUUAUUCCGUCGAGAGCUAGCGAAAGAGGAGUCACAUUGCGUGAAAGCGUUCCAGGAUCUGAUUUGCUCGAGUUUCAGCUGUUUGGGAAAUGGAGAACAUCUUCCGCUCGUAUCUUUUGUCAAAAAGCUAGAAGAAGCCUUGAGCAGGACAGAGUCCUUUGAAAUUAUAAGUUCGGGGGCUAACUGCUACGCCUCUGGCGUAAGUGGCCCCGCUUCUUCAAUGGCUAAACAGAUCAAGAUAAAGCUCAUACCUGAGGACCCAGAGCAUGGCGGGAGACAGCUCAUGCUAAUGGUCCAUGCUAUUGCUACGUUCAAAUCGAUCAACGGGUUUUUGAAGCAAAGAGCAGAUGGAAUGAGGGGUCUAAUGAGGGCCAUAAGCAUGCCAGCGCCGUCACCAGAGGGUGACACACCUUACCAUAUUGAAUUCUCGAUCAAUGGCGAGGUCAUUCCUCACGGAACGACCAUUUACGGCGCCAUCUACCGCUCCUUCCAAAAUGAAACAAAUGAUAUAGUGCCCUCUCGGAAGAUUUGGACUAGCGCUCCACAUGAAGUGCACUAUCGCAAGGUAGAGGGCGAGCUGCCCGAAUAUGAGGAGGAUCUUUAUCCAUCUGACGGAUCUGAAGAUUCUCUGGAGUCUUUGGGUGACAUUUCGACUGCUCAAAUACUGGAACUUCUGCAAAUGUUGUACACCGUCAAUAGUGCCACCCACCAUCCGGGUGCCUCGGAGACGCUAUUUCUGAACUACAAACUCACUGCCAAACUGAAUCGCCAAUUAGAAGAGCCUCUGAUUGUGGCCAGCGGAACGCUGCCCGACUGGAGCGUGCACAUCACUCGACAAAUGCCGUUCUUGUUCCCGUUGGAUACAAGAGUUUUCUUUCUGCAAUCCACCUCUUUUGGUUACUCAAGGCUCAUCAAUUUGUGGCAAACCCGAUCAAACCAAGAUGAGGAAGCGUCUGGAUCUGGAGGAAACAGUGCCUCACAACUGGGACGUCCUGUUAGACACAAGCUGCGCUUGUCUAGAAAGAAGCUUUUGCAAGGUGCUAUCAAGGUAAUGGACUGCUACGGCACGAUACCGGGAGUCUUAGAGAUGGAGUAUUUCGAUGAAGCUGGAACCGGUCUUGGGCCUACUUUAGAGUUUUACGCCAACGUUUCGAAAGAGUUUGCGAAAGCUAAGCUGAAAUUGUGGAGGACGAACGGCCGCACCUAUUCCGAGUCUACCUCCUCGUCUGAUUCCGAGAGCGAGUAUGUGAAGUUCGAAACAGGACUUUUCCCUCGGCCAAGCGCCAAACCAAGCCCAAAGGUACUGCAUUUGUUUUCUGUGUUGGGCAAGUUCGUUGCUCGCUCGCUGUUAGAUUCGCGGAUCAUCGACUUUGAGUUCAAUCCGCUAUUUUUCGAGAUUGCCAAAGAGUUGGACACCAAGAGCUGGAAAGAGUUGUCCAGGAAAAACUCCAUUGAACGUCUGGGCAGGGUUGAUGCCGAUCUUGCCAAGUCUCUUGGUCAUCUUACCAGAUACUUAGACGCUUAUGCCGAGACUGAGGAGUCAGAGCGCUCGGAAAUCUUGAUUGACGGCUGCAAGUUGAGCGACCUCUCUCUAAAUUUCACGCUGCCAGGUUACGAGGACGUCGAGUUGUGUCCAUACGGAGAAGAAGUGGAAGUUGACCACACGAAUCUGGAACUAUACGUGGACAGAGUGAUUGACCUGACCAUCAAAUCUGGUGUGCGCUCCCAAAUUCACUCUUUUGUGGAAGGAUUCUCCGCCGUUUUCCCCUACUCAUCCAUGACCAUUUUCUCCUCUGCCGAGCUUGUGAUGCUGCUUGGAAACGGCGAAGAGGACUGGUCGUACGAAACAUUGUCUGGCGUCAUCCACGCGGAUCACGGCUACAGUAUGGAAUCGCCAAGCGUGCAGCGUCUGAUGGAGAUCAUGAGCGAGUUCACCGCCGACGAACGCCGCAAGUUCCUUCAGUUCCUUACUGGAUCGCCGAAACUCCCAAUCGGAGGCUUCAAAUCCUUGAGCCCCGAUUUCACAGUUGUUCUAAAACACCCCGAAAACGGGCUGAAACCGGACAAUUACCUGCCGAGCGUGAUGACAUGCGCCAACUAUCUGAAGCUGCCUGACUACUCUUCCAAAAGCGUCAUGAAACAGCGCCUACAAACCGCAAUGACCGAGGGCGCAAAUUCAUUUUUACUUUCAUAA